UGGUCGGCGGCGGCGAGCCUACUCUUCUUCUUCUCCUCGCUGCAGGAGUGCAUCCCCUUCCAGCUGCAGGACUACCUCGCCGCUCUCGCUGCCCGCCUCCACUCGCUCCUCUCCCCCUACGCCACCAUCACCAUCGACGACAGGUCCGACGACUACUUCUCCCGCAGCGAGGCUUUCUUCGACGUCGAGGCCUACCUCGGCGCCUCCCCAUGCAACGCCCACGCCCGUCGCCUCCGCGCAGACCUCGCCGACGGCGCCGACCGCAUGGCCCUCGCCGUCGACGACCACGAGGGCGUCGCCAUGUGGUGGCGCAAGACAAAGGCGCUCCCCCGCGCCAACGUCAUCACCUGGUCCCCGCGCAACGCCGAGCGCCGCAGCUACCACCUCACCUUCCACCGCCGCCACCGCGCGCUCGUCGAGAACGCCUACCUGCCCCACGUCCUCGCCGAGGGCCGCGCCGUCACCGUCCGCAACAGGCAGCGCCGCCUCUUCACCAAAAAUCCCGCCGCCGACUGGGCCGCCUCCGAGGACGGCCGCGCCUGGAGCCACGUCAAGCUCGACCACCCCUCCACCUUCGCCACGCUCGCCAUGGACCCCGCCCGGAAGCAGGAGAUCCUCGACGACCUCGACAUGUUCCGCGACGGCAAGGACUACUACGCCUCUGUCGGCAAGGCAUGGAAGCGUGGCUACCUGCUGUUCGGCCCUCCCGGCACCGGCAAGUCGACCAUGAUCGCCGCCAUGGCCAACUUCCUGGACUACGACGUGUACGACCUCGAGCUGACGGCCGUGAAGAGCAACAUCGAGCUGCGGAGACUCUUCAUCGAGACAACGGGCAAGUCGAUCAUCGUCAUCGAGGACAUCGACUGCUCCAUCGACCUCACCGGCAAGCGCAAGCGCAAGAAGAAGAAGGCGAAGACGAGCGAGAAGAAGAAAAAGAUGAUGCCGCCGUGGGAGCGCGAUGACGAGGAGGAGAAGAAGGUGACGCUCUCUGGGGUGCUCAACUUCAUUGACGGGCUGUGGUCGGCGUGCGGCGGCGAGAGGAUCAUCGUCUUCACGACGAACCACAAGGAGAAGCUGGACCCGGCGCUGAUCCGGCGGGGCAGGAUGGACGUGCACGUCGAGAUGUCCUACUGCUGCUUCGAGGCGUUCAAGGUGCUGGCCAAGAACUACCUGGGCGUGGAGCAGCACGAGGUGUUCGACGAGAUACGGCGGCUGCUAGGGGAGGUGGAGAUGUCGCCGGCGGACGUGGCGGAGAACCUAAUGCCGAGGUCCAAGAGAAAGGACGUGAACGGCUGCCUAGAGAGACUGGUUAAGGCGCUCCACGAAGCCAAGCUGGCCGUCGGCGCGGGAAAGGCAGUCCAAGAAAUCGACGACGAGGACUCUGACUCUGACUGUGACUCGGAUCCAAAGGAGGAGGAGGAUAAGCAGUAG